GGGCUUUUUCUAUACUCUUUGAUAUUAUCGUACUCUUUGAGCAACGGUUUUUCAGUUUGCGCGCGUCAUUGAGGUGUUCAAUUUAAAUCGUUUUAAACAUAAUUCAGAAUCUGCUGCUUCGUGUGAAGAGUUGAGUGCAGUGCAGGUAAUAGACUCUAAUGAGACACUUGUUACGGCCUCCUCUUCAGUUUCCAUAUGUGCGCGAGUGUUAGACUCUAUCGAGCCAUUUGUGUCUACAAUGGGAGUGCAAGUGUUGGAUUCUGAUGAGCCACAUGUGCCUCAUAGUUCGUCGAUAGACGAACCCGUAGUUGGUACCAGUGGAGUGGCUGGUCCUAGUAGGCUGGCACCAGCUUUUUCAUCUUCCAACACGCAGGAUGAAGCUGAAGUGAUACUCGGGAAUUCUUCUGGAACAUCAGGAAGAAGGAUGAACUCGGAGGAAUUGAAGGCAAGAUGGAAUUGGCGGAAAAUCUUUAGUAAGCUUGGAACACAAGAGCAAUGCAUACAGUUUGCCGAGGAUAGAGAUCUUCUGUUGAAGAGGAAGUGGUGUAGCUACCAUAAGAGAUGGAUGUCAUUAUCCACAGCUAGUGGUCAAGUAGGAAGAUUCCGUUGCUAUAAGAGCAACUGCCGAGAACAGACCCGGAGUCGUGCUAUUGGCACAUGGUUUGAGAAUGCCAGAUUGCCCCUGACUCGUUUAUUUGAGUUAAUGUAUGCUUUUAGUGCAGGCCUCUCAUACCUUCAGGCUGUACACGAACUGGCUACCGAGAAUUCUGUUGUAUCUUACAGUACUGUAACUGAUUGGUACAGUUACUGUAGAGAAACAAUAGUGGUUUUUGAAAUAGAAAACCAGAUUACCAGACCAAAAAUUGGUGGUUCUGGUAAAAUUGUCCAUAUUGAUGAGUCAAAAUGUGGGGUACGGAAACUUAACAGAGGCCAUCAAAUUGAUGGACACUGGGUCAUUGCAAUGAUUGAAGAUCGCCGAGAUGAUUUACGAUUAGAGGUGUGUCCCGAAAAUGUGCAAAGUGCUGAGGUGCUGCCUCUUAUAAUGAAGCAUGUUGAGGUAGGCUCCACAGUCCACACUGACUAUUGGCAAGCCUACACUAGUCUGUCUGAUCAUGGAUAUACUCAUAUAAGAGUAAAUCACAUUGACCCAGAAAAUAGAUUUGUUGCUACAGAUGGGACACAUACUCAAGGAAUUGAAAGUCAGUGGCGUGGAUUAAAAAAAUCUCUUCGACAGCACAAGAACAAACAAGAUUUCACGGAUCGGCUCUUUGAGUAUACAUGGCGGAGACGAAUAAGAAUAAACAACAUGGAUCCCUUCGAAGAAUUGUUGAAGGCAGUUCAGCAUGUUUAUAAAGUAAUUAGGUAGAAUGAUUGUAAAAUUUCAUAAUUAAGUUGUAAUGUAUCAUAUUUAGCUGUGAAUGUAAUAUUUAGUUGUGAAAUUUA